UUUGCUGUCAGUGCUCAGUUUGUUUACCUUGAGCACAAACAAACACAUCACCACAAAUUGCUUGAGUCCACAAAUUUGCAAGUUAAUCUUGAGCGGAAACCAUCAAUACUGUGUACAGUAAUCCCUCUAAUACCAGUCAGUAUGUCUCAACGCGGAGUUGCCUUCUCGGAGUUCUAUAUAAAUGCCCCAACUAGUCGUUCAACCCAGUGGCGGGCCCAAAAGGUGGCCAAUGAACUGGUGGUAAAAAACAAAGAAGUGCGAGACAAGUUAAUGAACAACAGAGUUCCCACAUAUUCUGAAUUCCGAAGGAUAAUGCGAUCCGCGGGCAGGGAGGCGGACUACAAUCCGAUCACCUAUAAGAGCAUGAUAGAAAUCCGACAGGCGCAAAUCGAUCGUAGGCGCCUCAAAAGUAUAAAAUCCUGUGCCGACUCCCUUGGAUUUCAUCCUCGCAUCCUAAAUCGCAGCCAGUUAGUAACGGAAUUCAAUCAGAAACAAGACAUAUUUCGCAAAAAUCUCGAGCUCCUUGGACGGAUCAACAGGACCAAUCGACUGAAGGGCUGUGUGGAUAGCUUCAACCGCAAUUUUCCCGCCCUUCAGCCGAAUCGGACCAAGAUCCAUGCCCUCGCCCAGCGUUUGAGCCAGGAAAACAGGCAGUUCGGGUGUCGCCUCUCGGCGGUCAAGUCUAAGGUGGACUCGCACAAUCCUUGGGUGGCACCCGUGAAGCCGCUCGAACAGAAGGCCUCUGAUCAGACGGUUUCUGCUUUUUUGCCCUAUAUGCCAUCGCCUCGUUUGGGAAAGCGAAGUGCCCAUGUCCUGCUUCGCCCCAUAAUAUAUUUCGACCUGGCUGUUCGAGAAAACUUCUUGGGAAGAUUACUUCUGCAACUCUACACGGAACUGAGUCCCGAGGUGGUGCUUGAAUUCGUGCGGAUGGCCACCCACAACGAUGUGAGAUGUCACCGUUUUGUGCGAAUAUUCUCCAAUCUUUGGAUGGAGGGAGAACUGAUGCCGGGCAGCAACGAUCCAUUGCGGAAUCACCACAGCGUGAAGUACUCCUUUCUGGAUCCCAGCAAGUUGACGGGGGUGAUCUCGUAUCCGUGGGACUACCGCCGUCACUUUCCCCAAGGUCUCCUCAGCUACACCAUCAGUUUUAAGCCAUCGGCGGUUCCAUGGCAGCGGGUCAUUUUUGGACGGGUGUGCGGUGGCCUUAGGGUCCUGCAGAACUGCCACGAAUUUGGCACCAAAAAUGGCAAGACCAAGAAAACUGUGAUUGUCACACGGUGUGGCCUGCUCUAGUGGGAGUUCAUGGAUAUAUAUUUCCCGCCUCAUUAUGCACCUGCAUUAACAUAAGCCCAGCGAAGGACUUGCGUUGGCCCAACAAAAUUGUAGCACACCUUUGUGCUUAAAUGCAGCAGACUGUUUUUUCUCCAACAAAAUGCAAAUAAAAUUACAAAGUAAGCGGGUUUUUGCGUGGUAUCUAGGCACUGGGAGAAAAUCGAUUUUAAAAGUAGAGAAGAGAAGAAUUAUUAUCCGUAAUUUUCAUAGAAACCAGAUUGAAAUUUAUUAAACAAUUAGAAACGA